GUGGACUUCCGCAAACAAGAAGACGAUUCCGAUUUGGGCGGUCCCGGUGGUAGUCAGUGGAUUACUUUGGUUCAGGUGUGGCACGUGCUGGUGUCAACUCGGGUUCGCUGUGUUGCUUUAGUGUAAAGUGAAUAAGGUUUUUGUGACGCUGACAGUAAUCGCUGCACGGUUGAUGGGAUUAACCGCGCGAUUGUGUGCCUUUUGAAACGUGAACUGCUUCCUGUUAUUUUGAACAAAAUAAUUGGUGAUGAUGCGGCUAUCAAUUGCAAUUGUAUUCACCUCACUGGCAAUCGCCUGCACGUAUGCCAUCGAAGUGCACUCGACGAAACAUCGCACCGCCAGAUAUGUGCGCCAAUAUCCGUCGUAUUUCGGCCCACGGUUUCAGUCGAUCGAGUACCCAUCGUACAACAUUCCCAAUCCCUACGGACCUGGAACGUAUGCAUUUGGAUAUGAGAUUGAUGAUCCGACAACGGGAAAUGUACAAUUUCGCGACGAAGAGAAGCUACAAAAUGGUACCGUUCGUGGUUCAUACGGGUAUCUGCAACCGGAUGGUAGCGUAGUGAUCACGAAAUUCAAUGCAGAUGAAUUUGGUUAUCGUGCGAAUACCGAGAUCAAACGGGCAGACGGUCAGCUUAUCGCCACAAUCCCGGGGCACUUUACCCCUGUAGAAUCUCAGGGUAACUCCAUUGAUCGGCCCAUUGGAGCAGCGGCCAAUCCAUAUCCCCAAUUCAGCUCACCACCGACGUACAAUCCUGUACUGAGCCCAAAUUAUGUCGAUCCCCAGUACACCAGUGCCAUACUGAGUCACAUCAAAAAUCAACAAUUUUACCCAUCACAAGGACUAGUCCACUAUCCAUACGGGUCACCCUCAUACGACGUUCCAUCCAAUGGAAACUUUUUCAGCAACUACUUCGGACAAAUCCCAACGAUUCCAAAUCCCCUGACAACUUUUCCUGCUAUUCUACCGCAGGACAAUGCAUUCAACUCCUUUGCCAGCAAUUUCCAAAACGGCUUCCAGCAGUUCACUCAAAACAAUCCCUUUGGCAACUUUAUAAACACUGCCCAAUCGCAGUUCGGUCAAUACAUUCCACAGGGCAACCCAUUCGCCAGUUGGUUCAACCCAAACAGCAUCCAGUCUUCCCAAUACGGAUCAGCUUUCAAUAGACCUGGUGCCUACGCCGAUACGGGAAUUCCCCCGAACGGUGUCUUCGGCGAUAUGCCCGUGCAGCUGGGAAUGAUGGGAAACCGGAUCCCAACGACAAAGCGCAGGGGCAUUACCACCACCAGAAGAAAAAAUGGUUACAAGACACGGGACGGAACGGAAGAUUGGUUGGAUGAGUUUCUGGAGAGCCGAAAGCGGGAAGUGUUCUACGGACUGACAACGACGACUACGACUACACCACCGACGCCGUCAGCGACGGCAACAACGAAAAAUGGUGUCGGAACUGCUGCCGUUGUUGGAAGCAAUCGAAUGCGAUAAUUUGUAAGAUGUAAGUAAUUAAUUCGUCUUAUGUGUAGUAAUUUAUUUGAGUGUAAUAUAAUUUAUUAUAACUUACGGACUGCAAAUGAUUGCGCAUCACUAACGGAAAGCUAAUAAAAUAUCCGGAGCUUGACGACUAAUUAGAAGAGUA